CGAACGCACGUGUCAUUUGACAUCCAACAAUUUUGUCUCUUUGCCGUGUGAUUUUCAAUUUUAAAUAAAAAUAAAAUUUAUUUUAACAAUUUAACGACAGAAAAAUAAUCCAACCAAAAAUGGUAAAACUACAAAAACCAAUUCCCAAAAAUUUGGGAAACAAACCAAAAUUGAAUAAUCCCAUAAAAGAAAAGAAACAACAAUUGAAAAAAGAAAAAUCCGCGAUAUCACAAAAAGCAAAAUUAUUGGAAGACAGCACUCCGGUGAAAGAAGCUAAAGUUUUGCCAAAACCAGGCAAAGAAGUUAUUACAAAGAAACAGCAGAAGAAGGAGUUAAAUGGGGAGAAGAAAUCUGCGAAGAAACCUUUGAUUCUCGUGCCCGAAUCACCAGAACAGACUCAGAAUGCCAAAGGAAAAAAGAACAAAGCUGGUAAGGAAAAAAACGUGGCCGCAAAUGGUGUGCAAAAGGCCACAAAUGGUGUGAAGCAGGCGGAUAAACCUGCAGAAGUCUCUAAAAAGAACAACAAAAAGACUACUUCUGUGGAAAAGACUGCUGCUUUAGAGAAACCAGCUAAACAAGCGAAGAAAGUCAAAGCUCCAGCAGUUAAGGAAAUUUCAGCUCCAGUUAAACUCGCUCCACCGACUAAAGCAAAACCCGCACCUGUUCCAGCUCAGCCGACUAAAGUGAAAGCUGCACCUACUCCAGCUCCACCGGCUAAAGCCAAAUCAGCUCCUGUUCCAGCUGCACCUAAAGCAGACGCAACCCAAAAAAAAUCUGCCAAAACUGCUCCAGCUCCAACAAAGGCACAGAAAACUCCAGCUACCCCUGCUCCUGAGAGCAAUGCCGCCGCCAAACAAGGCAAAGCAGGUAAAAAGCAGAAGAACAAAAAGAAAACUGCAUCCGCCCCUGAACCUGUUCCAGUUGUCGAAAAAAUUAAGAAACCCAAAAAGCCAAUAAUCGCAUUGCAGGAAAAGAAAAAGGCUAAAAUUGCUCACAAAAAGGCGAAACUAACCUCGAAAGGCGAUGCAUCCAAGACCGAGAAGAAGCCAAAAGAAGGCUCCACAUUCCGUUACGAUCCGAUUCCAUACGACGAGGAGAAGUUCCAUUCGAUUGUCAACACCGAGAAUAUCAAGAAAAUUGCUGAAGCCCUUAAAACCACCGUCGAGAAGGAAGUCAAAACAAAGAAGUCUAUGAUCUUUGAUGACUAUCGCUACUUCUUGGAAGUAGCUAGCUUCAAGAUUCCAAGCUGUCCCAAGAGGAUGGUCAAACUAAAUCUCAAGCACUCGCUGGUUGGAAAGGAUGACGAUGUCCUACUGGUAGUUCCUGAUUUAAAACGUGGUGGCAAAGUCGACUACGAGCCUACCAAACACCACUAUGAAGAUCUGCUCCUUCAGAAUGGAGUUGAAGGUAUCACGGUUAUGCCAAUGAACCAGCUGCGCAAAGAAUACCAAACUUUUGAGCAGAAAAGGCGGCUAUGCGCCAGCUACGAGUACUUCAUGUGUGACGGGCGGAUAGUUGCUCAUGUAGGAGCUCUGGUUGGAAAGUUCACCCAAAAGCCAAGGAACACCUUCCAUGCAGUGCGUCUUAAUGAGAACAAAGACAUCAAGGCUGAGAUCGAGAAGGCUCUGAAGAAAACCGCCUUCAGACAGUUGGUUAAGAGCUCUUUGCAGAGCAUUCCCGUUGGAUCGCACAAAUACAGCUCUAAGCAACUAGCAGAGAAUGUUGAACAUGUGGUGAGUCAGCUGAAGACGGUCUUCCCUGGUGGAUUGGGCAACAUACGUAGCCUUCAUCUGAAGAUCGGCCUCACAGGAACGUCAUCAUUGCCACUGUACAUGAGCAUGGCCCAGGCUCCAGAAGAGACACCUAUGGUACUUGGCCCACGAGAAGAGAGAAUGAUCAAACUGAAACGGGAAGCCAAUGAGGUACUCGCCAAGUUUACCAUGACCAAGGAUGGUAAAUUGAUAAAGUUGGCAAAGCCUGCUGCGGACAAGAAACGGAAGCUUAUGGAAAUGAAGGCUGCCCUGAAGGAAGAUGAAGUUGAAGAACCAGCGGCGAAGAACGCAAAGAAAUCCAAAAAAGACGAUAUGGAAAGUGGCAAAAACAAGAAAACAAAAGAAGUGAAAGAACUUGAAUUGCCAGAAAAUGAAGAGGAAGAAGGUGAUGAUAGCGAUGAUGACGACGAUGAGGAUGUUGUUCAGCUGGGACAAGGUUCUGAUGAUGAAACAGAAGACGAUGAUAUGGCAAAUUUGGACGAAGAAGACACAGAGAGUGGAGCGGAGAUAGUAGAGAAUGGAUUUGUCGGUGAAGAUGACGAAGAAAGUGAAGAAGACGACGAACAGGAAGUUAAUCAAAGUGAAAACGAUGAAGAUGAUGAUGAAGAAGAUGAAGAGGACGAUGAUGAGGAGGAAGACGAUGAAGAGGAGAGCGAUUAGGUUAUAAAGAAUUUAUAAAAAAUAAUAUAAUGCAGAUAAGGAUUUUAAGAAUAAAAGAAAUAAUUAGGGUCGGAAGAACUCUAAAGCUAA